UUCAGAACUGAAAGAUUAAUUUGAGAAAAAGGAAAUUUUUAUAUAACACUUGUUAUUAAAAUUCGUUCAAAAUCCAGUUGAGGAAUAAAUUGAUAUAUUAAAUAAAGAACUUAAAUAAUUAGAUAAUAAUAAGAAUCUUACAAAUAAUUAAAAAUAGUAUCUUUUAACAUUAAUAUUAAUAAUAACUAAUUACAAAAUUAAAAGAUUAUGGCAAAACUAAAUCCAAUCCCUCAUGUGAAUUAGAAUAUUGAUGUCUCAAAUCCUGAAUUGGCACUUUUUACAAAAUCUAGAAUUAUUAGUAACAAGUAAAAAAUAUUCCUUUGGAUUUGAUUCAAUAAUUGGAUAUUAUGGCUAAGAUUAAUCUUGUUUAAAAAUAAGAAAUACAAAUCUUGAUUAUGAUAAAAUUGUUAAUGAUUAACAAUUAUUGUAAUAACAUUUAUUAGAAUUUAAGUAAAAGCUAUCAAGUUCACUCAAUAUUUCAACUGAUUAAAUUGAAAUUUUAGGAGUAUCAAAGGGUAACUUUGAAAUUAGCUUUAAUAUUUUAGGAAAUGAUAUGAAAUCGAUUUCAUAAUAGAUUUAAAAUAAUCCAGAAGCAAAGAAAUUCUUAAAUGAGUAUUGUAAUGGAAAUGUAGAAUAUGUAGCAUACUUUGAUCAAGCAAAUAUCUAAUCAAAGGGAGUCACUCUUUCUUUUGAUGAUUUUAAAUCCUUCACACAAUAUGAGUUUGGAUAAUUAUCAAGAAAAAAAGAAUAGAGAGGGCCUCCUUAUCAUAGAUAUGAUUAUUAUUUUCCAAUAGGUUGUUAUGGAUUUGGGUUAAAUGUAGAAAAGUAAGUAAAAUAAUAUGGAAAUGAUUGGUUAAAAACGGAUGGUAAUCCUAAUGAAUGGAGAAUUAUGUAUUAUGGUACCAAGUAAGCUGCUGUUAAUCAAAUUUUGAGAAAUAAUUUAAUUGCAGGUGGAGCAUAAGAUUACUAAAAUACUGAAUGUAUUGAUGAAUUUGGAAAUAAAGUUAAAGUAGGACGUGGAAUUUAUUUUUCUGAUAGAUUAUCAGUUUCCAAAGGAUAUAAAAACCCUGUUUAGACAGGAAAUAAGAAAUUUAGUGUUUAUUUCAUGUCUAGGGUAAAUCCCAGAAAAUUAGAUAAAGUGAGAGCGUGA